UCUUAUAUAAACCGUUGAAAAUGAUGGUGAAAGAGUCAAAAAUAAAUUUUUAUCAAAACUAUUAUCUACCAAGUCAGUUUUACAUUUAUUAAAAUACUACUAAAUUAAGUUAUUAGUUAGUAAACAUAGUCAAUAAUUAAAUAACUCGGUGUUUUAUAUUUAAAUGAAGUAUAAGGCAACUACUUUAAUUACGAAUCGCAAACAUGAGGGUCUAUUUAGUCGCGAGUUUUAUGCUAAUCACAAUCGGCUUAACCAUUGCCUGCAACAGCGAGUGUGAAACACUAACAGCCUACUAUGACAAAUGCAUCACCUUGCUCACCGGGAAACACGCCCUGAAUCGUACGAUCGCCCAAAACCUGCUAGGUCACUUAACCAUCGUGACCAGAAACAUCAUGAACAAUUUAGAGACCACGUUGAACGCCAUGAUCACGUCGGCCACCGAUGUGGCUGAUCUGGACAAGUGGUGCGACCGUAUGGCCAACAUAUUGGGUGUAUUCGCCGACAAAAUGGCCGACUUUAUCGACGAGUGUAUACUUAGCGGCGAUCAACAGAUUAUCACAUUCUGUACCGUAAUCUCCCGCCAUGUGCUCCGAGUGCUGACCGGUAUUCACGAGUCCUGUAAUGGUCUGGAUUUUGACGAGUUUGACGAAGAGCUGCAACAGAAGGUCCAAUCGGUGAUCGAGAAGUGUCACGAUAUCAUUGUUACUAUUGAGGGAUCAGGUCUUAGCUUGUAAUGCGAUCUUGGUCACUUUUUUUAU